GAAAUCAAAUCAUCACAAAAUGUUUUAUUCUUUUUGUUCCAGUUUUGUUCCUCUGACAUCAGAUCUUGAUGAACAAACUAGAUUCUUGGGGAACCUGUUCUGUGCAGCAGCAGAGAAAGAAAAGCAGACAGGAGAGAAGAUACUGGACCUGCUAUCAUCAAUGUGCAAUGAUGAAACAUUAACUUUAAGUGAACUGUUCAUAGAUGACUUUGACGAUGAUAUUAUGGAAGAUAAAUGUAAUUCCAUGCUGGACAUGUUCUCCCAUGUGAAAGACUGUGAGACUAAAACAGGUUUGAGUGUCCUUCCAUCAUUACAGUCAGUUAUCAAGUCAACUCCUGAAGUCUGGUCCAUAGAUCUCUCAGAGAGAAAGUCCUCCAUCCUCCUGGAAGUGCUGAAACUCCAAUCAGAGAAGAAAGUAGUGUAUCUGACAGGCUGCUCAGAUGAAGAGAGUGAAGUGAGGACGUUCCUGCAGUGUCUGCCUUAUAUCUUACACCUCAGUUUUUCCUUUCAGAAAUCAAGUCUUGAUGAAGAAACCAGUUUCUUGGGGAAUCUGUUCUGUGCAGCAGCAGAGAGAGAACAACAGACAGGAGAGAAGAUACUGGAGCUGCUAUCAUCAGCGUGCAAUGAUCUAACAUUAUCUUUAAGUGACAUGUACAUAGAUGGCCUUGACGAUGAUACCAUGGAAGAUGAGUGUAAUUCCCUGAUGGACAUGUUCUCCCAUGUGAAGAACUGUGAAACUAAAACAGGUUUGAGUGUCCUUCCAUCAUUACAGCCAGUUUUCCAGUCAAAUCCUGCAGUCUGGUUCAUAGAUCUAUCAGAGAGAAAGACCUCCAUCCUCCUGGAAGUGCUGAAACUCCAAUCAGAGACAAAGAAAAAAAUUAAACUGACAGGCUGCUCAGAUGAAGAGAGUGAAGUGAGGAGUUUCCUGCAGUGUCUGCCUUAUAUCUCACAGCUAAGUUUCGUGCCUCAGUUACCAGAGCCUUUAGAAGACACCAGGUUCUUUGGGUAUCAAUUCAGUUCUAAUGUUAUUGUGCUGUU